AUGAGCUACCCGCAUUGGUCACCAAACCUUGAAUCAGCCCAUCAUAUCCUCAAAAUCUAUCAGAGCCACUCACUGAAACUCCAAUAUGUUUGUCAUAUCCUUUUAAUUUUCCCCAACUGUUCAACACUAGUUGCCAAAGACCGUUGCAUCUCGUCAUGUCUCCCCGCCUAUCCAUGCUUCUGGGGUCCAACUCAACUCUUCAUCUCCUCUCGAGCUUUCCACGCCAGUAGUUGGGGCUCGAAACUCCUCUUCACGUCCAAUCGAGUUCUAUACGCCCGCCAAUCCCCGGCGCUGGCCGCCGUGUGCCCGCAAGCUGAGCUUCGAGAAUCCCACUUUGUUGUAUUGGUAUCAGGAUUGUUAAGGUUUGAGAUAUCCAACUGUCGAUUGCCCGGCUAUGGUUUGGUAAAAAUAGUUGCACAGUGUAAAGCUAAUGUUCUGCUCAAACAAUUUAAAGAUUCACAGGCAGGCAAAGCUAAUGUUCUGCUCACAUGGCUAAUCCGCUUCGUCGAACUCUCUGUAGAUUAUCGUUAUCUUCCCAUUUCAAUCAUCCUCUCACUUUCAGUUAGUUUGGUAAUAUCACCCCAGGGAAGCCCCAAGUUUGAGACUCAUGAAAUCGAUCCCCCGAAAAAGGAAAAGUGGAGGACAAAGAAAAGGCUGAAGGUUCAGAGAAAGAGAGAGAAGCAGAAGAGAAAGGCUGCGAAUAAGAGAGACCCCAGAGGGCUCGGAGUCAAGGGCAAUAAAAAGAGGAAAAGGUUUGCAACUGCAGAGGAGAGGAUCAAAUACAAGCUUGAAAAUGCAAGAAUCAAGGAAACCUUAUUAAUUGAACGACUGAAGAGGUAUGAAGUCCCAAAAGCUGAGGGCCCUGCAGUUGAACCCCAUGUUUUAACAGGCGAGGAACGAUUUUACAUGAAGAAGAUGGCCCAGAAAAGGUCAAAUUACGUCCCGAUUGGCAGAAGAGGGAUCUUUGGAGGGGUUAUUCUCAAUAUGCAUAUGCACUGGAAGAAACAUGAAACCGUCAAGGUCAUAUGCAAACCUUGCAAGCCCGGCCAAAUACAAGAGUAUGCAGAUGAAAUUGCUCGGCUAAGUGGUGGGGUCCCUAUCCAGAUAUAUGGGGAUGACACGAUUAUUUUUUAUCGAGGAAAGAACUAUGUGCAGCCAAAGGUCAUGUCGCCUGUGGAUACUUUAUCAAAGAAACGGGCGCUUGAAAAAUCAAAAUAUGAACAAUCUCUAGAGUCCGUAAGACGUUUUAUUGCGAUUGCUGAGAAGGAAUUAGAGCUAUAUUACCGGCAUGUUGCUCUAUAUGGCGAUCCAAAUGAUAGAGAUCCCAAAUCAAUCCUCGAUAAUCCAAGGACCAAAAGUAGAUCCCAAAAAGUUAGACUUACAGACAGCACUAAUUCUUCACUUACAGGUGAGACCUUGGAAGGUCUUUCUACAGCAGCUAGUGGUUAUGUUGAUCAAGAAGUCUCGAAAAACGAGGAUGGGAGAAUUUGUUUAGGUGAUUCAGAUUAUGAGGAAGAUGAUGUGUUUAUUGAAGAUCUGGUUUCUUCUUCUGAAGAGUAAUGUACUAUCGAUAUAGUUGGCCUAUUUUAUAUGCACGAAUGUAAAUAUAUGAUUGUUCAAUGGAUUUGCCGAGAGAGAUGUUUUUUGGGGGGGCUUUGCCUUGUUUAUCGAUUAUCGAAUGUAUUCCUGGUCGUCGGAUUCUGUGUUAUGCAAGCCCAAGGUACUUGCAGCCAGCUAGGCGAAUUUUUAUAAUUACUUAGAGCAUCUCCCAAGUACCAAAAAAGAAAGAGAAAAAGGACAUAAAAUUGAACAGACGUGCUCUAUGUUAAAAUGGAUUUUUAUUUCUUUUUUUUUUUU